AUGCAUGUGGAGCUCUUAGAAACUUGUCUUUUGGGCGACAGAACGAAGAAAAUAAGUUUUUUAAUGUUAUAUUUUGAACAGAGAGCAAUACGUAAUGCUGGAGGCAUUCCUACACUUGUCCAACUUCUCAGGAAAACACCUGAUAAUGAAAUAAGAGAGUUAGUAACUGGAAUUUUAUGGAAUUUAUCAUCAUCAGAGGAACUCAAAAAGCCCAUAAUUGAUGAUGCUCUCACGGUAUUAGUUAAUCACGUCAUAAUUCCUCAUUCUGGGUGGGAUCGUAACAGAGAUCCUUCAGAUCAAAUCAAAACACAAGAAAUUUAUUGGUCAACUGUAUUUAGAAAUGCUAGUGGAGUUUUGAGGAAUGUAAGUUCUGCUGGUGAAUAUGCACGUAAAAAAUUAAGAGAAUGUGAAGGUCUUGUAGAUUCUUUACUUCAUAUUGUUCGUGCUGCUAUAGGCAAAAAUGAUAUGGAUAAUAAAAGUGUAGAAAAUUGUGUUUGUAUACUAAGAAAUUUAUCAUACCGAUGUCAAGAAGUAGAAGAUCCAGAUUAUGACAAACACAUUAUAUCACCUCCACAAACUCGUGCAAUGGUGCCAAUUAAUAAAG